AUGUGCCACUUUCAGGUCUCCUCACACUGCUGGUGGGUUCCAUUUUGUCAUAGGGGUGCUGGCAGAUUACGGGCCUCCCAUUGCUGCUGCCAGGCCCGUAAUCUGCCAUGGGCCCCCGUACCGACUCCUCAUGCUGCUGCCAGGUCCAGAGUGUUCAUGGGUCCCUGUACGGCCUCCCAUUGCUGCUGUCUCCAUCGCCACACUCUGCCAUGUGCCACUUUCAGGUCUCCUCACACUGCUGGUGGGUUCCAUUUUGUCAUAGGGUGCUGGCAGAUUACGGGCCUCCCAUUGCUGCUGCCAGGCCCGUAAUCUCCAUGGGCCCCCGUACCGACUCCUCAUGCUGCUGCCAGGUCCAGAGUGUGUCAUGGGUCCCUGUACGGCCUCCCAUUGCUGCUGUC